AUGUCCUUGCCGCUGCCGCCCGACUUCUUUCGCUGCCCGCCGCUCUCAGCGUCCGAGCGCCAAGCGUUUGUGCACCAAGCGCACCACAUUUGCUUCCUCACCGCGCGCAAUGCAGUCUCGAUGGCAGCCAAGGGCCCACCGACCAAGGUGCUCGUCCAUGCCCAGACCAAGCGCCGUCUCCAGAUCUACCACGGCAGUGACGUGCUCGACGCGACGCUCGACGGCGUCGUUGGCGUCACGCAGGUCCACGCGUCCUGGGACGAAGUCGCCGACUUUUAUAACCUCAGCAGCACCGAGAGCGUUGCGACCUUUGGCAAGGUGUUUGCGCACUCGACCGCCGACCGGUGCUCGCUCUACACGCUGCGCCGGUCGACCAAGCGGCCGCUCAAGUACGCCGGCAUUUCGUGGAUCGCCAUGGACUGCCCGUCGCCUUUUCUCAAGCGCCGCGACUCGUGUGUCCUCGAGGCCAUUCGUGAGUAUGAGAUGCAGUGCCCGGACACCAAGGCCGUGCGCCGGUGCUGGGUGCGCGCGCUGCACUCGCUCGAGCUCGACUGCUGCCCGUCGCUCGAGCAGAGCCACAAGAUGGUCCGUGGCCGGCUCGUUCGGUCGGGACAUGUCUUUAUGGAGACGGACCGCCCCGGGGUACUCAACUACUUUGUCGUGUACAUUGGGGAAGCCUACGGCACCGUGCCCCGGUUCGUCCAGCAGUCGUGCCUCCAGCGAAUGCUGCCGCCGAUGCUCCGCCUCGAGCCGCAUCUGCAGCGCCAGCGCCUCGCCUUCUACUUUCUCCAUCACCCGAUGCAUCCGAUUCGCAUUGCGCAGCGCAAAGCGGCCGAGUGCGGCAGCUGUCGGAGUGCGUUUGGCGUCUUUUCUGGUCCCAAGACCAUGUGCCAAGUGUGUGAAGAGACCAUUUGUAAGAGCUGCCACCUCGCCGUCCGCAUCGACUUGCACCAGUCGACCGUCACGGCCAUGGUUUGCACGGCGUGCUACACUGGCAUGCUGCCACGAACCGAGUUUAUGCGCCGUCAGCACGCGGCAUCGACGAUGGUGACCAUGUCGUUGGUGGACGGCGAAGCCAGUCGGCUUGGCCUUGACGCGUCGUUCGUCGCCCACGCCGAGACCGUCGAACAGACGUUUGGGCUGCCGUGUGUCCAAGUCGGCCUCGAUGGCGCGAUUGAAGUCUACGAUGAAACGUCGCCGUCGGGCAGCAACCACACGUCGUUGUAG